AUGGAGUCAACGACUUUAACUAGAAGGAUGACAAGAUGGCAAAUGUUGCUGUCUGAAUUUGAUAUAGUCUAUAUGAAUCAAAAAGUGGUGAAAGGAAGUGUUAUUGUCAAUUUCCUAGCAAGUAGAGCAUUAAAAGACUAUAAGCCAGUGAAGUUUGAUUUCCCAAAUAAGGACUUAAUGAGUAUAUUCACUGCGGAAGAAGAUGUUUCGAAAGAAAUCUGGAAAAUGAACUUCGAUGGUGCCUCGAAUGCUGUGGGGUAUGGAAUUGGGGCAUUACUAGUUUCACCAGAAGGAGAACAUUAUCCUUUUACUAGUAGGUUUUCCUUUGAAUGCACAAAUAACAUGGCAGAAUAUGAAGCAUGUAUCCUGGGUAUUCAAGCUCCAAUUGAACGUAAAAUUAAAAUCUUAGAAGUAUUUGGCGAUUCUGCUCUAGUUAUUUAUCAACUUCGCGGGGAAUGGAUGACUAGAGACUCUAAAUUGAUGGAAUACAAGAACCUGUGGAUGCCAAACUGGGAAGAUCCUUAUGUUGUAAAGAAGGCCUUUUCAGGAAGAGCUUUGGUUUUGACUAAAAUGGAUGGAGAAGAUUUGCCUAAUCAUGUGAAUUCUGAUUCAGUCAAGCGAUAUUACACUUGA